CAUUAUUAUUUAUUAGAAUGAAAUGCCAGCUAAGUCCGCACCGCUCCCUCCUUCGCGAGUGCAAUUAAUUAGUGCUUAGUUGAAUGGGCAGGGGGAGUGGAUUUGGGAUCGAGUCGAGUCGUCUUGCGAAGGGAGGAAACGGAUCAGAUCAGAACAGAACAGAACAAUACUGGAAUCAGAGAGCCGAGCUCCAAGGCAUUAUUGUUUUCGAAACUAAAACGGCCUGCUCUAAAUGCGGAAGGGUACCUGUGAAGAGGCAAAACCCACGCCGCCGACGAUUGCGGCGUAAGCUCAUUAAUAAAACCAACAACAACCACAAAUCGGACGACAGCAGGAACAGCAACAGCUACAACAGCAACACCGGCGACAGCAGCAACAUCAGCUGCGAUCGCCAAGAUCAGGCGGAUGCCGAGCUGGAGUCUCUCAGCCAGUCAGUCGAUUGCUGAGUCUCCGUUCGGUCGGUCG